CCGUGGAUAAGGAGGACACGCACAGCCUCAUACUCAUUCUUCCUGUUAUUUUCUAGUCCUUCAACAGUUACUUUCGGCCAUGCCCGAGCCAGCCAAGUCCGCUCCGGCCCCGAAGAAGGGCUCCAAGAAGGCGGUGACCAAGGCGCAGAAGAAGGACGGCAAGAAGCGCAAACGCAGCCGCAAGGAGAGCUACUCGGUGUACGUGUACAAGGUGCUGAAGCAGGUGCACCCCGACACCGGCAUCUCGUCCAAGGCCAUGGGCAUCAUGAACUCGUUCGUCAACGACAUCUUCGAGCGCAUCGCGGGCGAGGCGUCCCGCCUGGCGCACUACAACAAGCGCUCGACCAUCACGUCCAGGGAGAUCCAGACGGCCGUGCGCCUGCUGCUGCCCGGGGAGCUGGCCAAGCACGCCGUGUCCGAGGGCACCAAGGCCGUCACCAAGUACACCAGCGCCAAGUGAGCCCGCCGGCUGCAAGAGCAAUCGAGAGAGAGAGAGACAGAGAGACAGAGCACAAGCAGGCAGAGGGAAAUGAG